AUGGGCGGCGUUCAGCCCCGGGGGUCCGGAGCCCAGCGCGCGCAUAGGCAGCGGAGAGAGGAGCGCGGGCCCGUGCGCCCACCGCAGGAGGUGGGAGAGCGCGCCCAGGGACGGAAGGGGCGCGCGAGGACCCUCGGGCACCGGAAGGGGCGCGUGGGGCGGUUGGCCGCGGCCCGGGGCGGCGGCGGCCGUUGGCGAGAGGCGGCCCGGGCCAGACGAGGUCCGGUGUCUGGCCCGGCCGCGGCCACCAUGACCAAGGACUCGCCCAGCCCUGCGGACGGCGGCCGCGCAGCCUCCCAGAAGCCGGCGACUCCGGGCCCGGCGGCGGCGGCGGCGGCGGCGCUGGAGGAGCACCGGCGGGAGCUGGAGAAGCUGCGGGCGGAGCUGGAGGCGGAGCGGGCGCGCGGACGGGCGGAGCGGCGGCGCUUCUCGGCCGGGGCGCGGCAGCUGCGAGAGGAGGCGGAGCGAGAGCGGCAGCAGCUGGCGGACCACCUGCGCUCGCAGUGGGAGGCGCAGCGCAGCCGGGAGCUGCGGCAGCUGCGGGAGGACGUGCUGCGGGAGCGCGAGGCCGAGAUCCGGCAGCUGCUGCGCUGGAAGGACGCCGAGAUGCGGCAGCUGCAGCAGGUGCUGCGCCGGGAGCGCGACGGCGUGGCGCGCCAGGCCCGGGAGCUGCAGCGCCAGCUGGCCGAGGAGCUGCUGAGCCGCGGCUACGGCGGCGGCCGCGCGGGGCCGCCCGAGGACGCGGGCGCGCGGUGCCGGUGCCGCCUGCAGGAGGUCCUGGCGCAGCUGCGCUGGGAGACUCACGGCGAGCAGGCCUCGCGCAUCCGCCACCUGCAGGCCGCGCUCGACGUGGAGCGCCGGCUGUUUCUCAAGUACAUCCUGGAGCACUUUCACUGGCACCCCGCCCUGCCCAGCGCCCCCGACGCCCCUCUUCCACUGGGAGAGCCGUCUCGCGAGGCCGCCGCCAAGGCCGCCCGCGGACUCGGAGCCCGGGAUGGCCGGAGCGCGGGCGUCCGCGCGCGCUCCCGCUCCCUCGACCAGGUGCCCGCGGCGCGCGCCCGCUCCCCCGGCAGCCCGCUCCCCGCGCGCGCCAGCUCGCUCGACUCCCUGGCGCCGGCGGGUCCCCGCCCCUCGCUUGACGGCAGCCCGAGUCACCCCAGGGCCCCCGAGUCCUCCUCGCCAGACGCUUCCCUCUCGGGCUCCCUGAGGCCCCUGCCGCCGCCGCCGUCGCCGCCCCCAUCGGAGCGCCAGACACCUAGUGCCCUGCGAGAGGGGGAAGAGGCGGGGAGCCGGCCCCGCGAAGCCCCGAGCCCCCCACCGCCGGGCCCGGGCCACCGCGAGCUGCUGAGGCGGAACUCGGAGCUGUCCGAGGCGCUGCAGGAGCUGGCGCGCCGCUGCUCCGGCCUCCGCGAGGAGAACGUACGGCUGCGGCGCUUGGGCCUCCCCGACGAGGCGAACGAGAAGGCUAAGCGGCUCAAGGGGAAGCGCGCCGAGCUGACCAGUCUCGCGCGGCGCCUGGAGGACCGGGCCCGCAAGCUGCAGGAGGCCAACCUGCGGGCCGUGAGCGCGCCGGUGCCCGGAGAGAGCCGCGCGGGCCUGGAGCUUUGCCAGGCCUUGGCCCACCAGCGCGCGCGGGACCUAUCCGAGCAGGCGAGCGCGCUGCUGGCCAAGGACAAGCAGAUCGAAGAGCUGCGGCAAGAGUGCCACCUGCUGCAGGCGCGCGUCGCCUCGGGCCUCGGCCCGCUCCCUGGAGAGGGCGCCGCCAGCGCCCAGUGGCUCAGCAUCGGCGACCUGGACCGGCUGCAGCGCGAGUCCCAGCAGGAGGUGCUGCGCCUGCAAUGGCAGUUGACGCUGCAGCAGGCCGCCGGUGGCGCGCGCGCGGAGGCGGGCGGCCAGAGCGCGCCCUGCGAGGCGGCGCGGCGCCAAGUGCGGGAGCUGGAGCGCGAGCUGAGCGCGCGGCGGCAGGAGUGCGAGGAGCUGGGCGCGCAGGCGGCGGCGGCGCAGCGGCGGGGCCAAGAGGCUGAGGCGCAGCUGCAGGUGGCGCUCCGCGAGGGCGCCUGGCUGGCCAAGGAGAACGCGCGGCUGCAGGCCCAGGCCGCCUGGACGCGGAAGGUGGCGGCCGAGAACGAGGACGUGCGCGGGCAGCUGGGCCUCGCGUGCCAGCAGCGCGACGCCGCCGGCUUGCUGGCCGAACAGCUGCUGCAGCAGGGGGCGCAGAGGCAGGACUGGCAGCAACCGCUGCAGCACCAUCUGCAGAGGGUCCUGUGUGAUCGCCAGGCCGCCCGGGACGAGAUGUGGGCGCCACGGUGCCAGCCUGGCCAGCCUCCCCAGGACGACCCGGGGACCGAGCCGCAGCUGGGGCCUGUGAACCCAGCGUCCCCUCCGCCCAGCAGAGACAGACGGAGGAAGGAAGACCUCCUGCUGGAAAACCCAGCUGCCCACGGGCAGCCAGCCUGGAUCCCCCAAGCUCCAGACUCCAGCGGCCAGCCUCUGGACUCCAGGCUCCAGCCCCAGAGCACUGGCUCCCAGUCGAGCUCCUCCUCGGAGGUGGAGUCCGCGUGGGCCACGGUGCCCUCCUGCCCUACGCUGGACGCCGAUACAGCCAGUGAGGCAGAGGACCUGGAGCCGGACAGCCUGCCCUCGACCCUGGAGGCGGGGGGCUUGGAGGUCUCCGUGGCCACCCCUAAGCUCAAAAUCUUCCUGGCUCGGUACAGCUACAACCCAUUUGAGGGGCCCAACGAGCACCCUGAGAGCGAGCUGCCACUUAUGCCUGGGGACCACGUGUACAUCUUUGGCGACAUGGACAAGGACGGCUUCUAUGAAGGGGCACUUGCGGACGGCCGGCGGGGGCUGGUGCCUUCCAACCUGGUGGAGCAGAUCCCCGACAGCGACAUCCAGGGCUGCCUGCCCACUGAGUCCCUGGACCGAGGCCCGACUCGGCUCCCGGCGGCUGGGCAGGGCCAAGCUUGGAAGGAUGACCCCAGUCCCGGCUUUUUACCUGGGCAAGCCCAGGCGGCUGUGGACAGAGGGCCGUGCCCAGUGGCGAGGGUGGGCUCCAGGACGGAAGUGGCAGCAGAGGUCUCAGACACCAAGACGGGAGCCAGAGCCGGCCGGUUGGGGUCCCAGGAGAGCAGGGACAGGCAGGGGCCCUCCAACGCUCCUCCAGGGACCAACAGCGUCCCUCGUAUGGCCCCCGUGUGCCUUCACCUGCAGAGUGUCGCGGCCACGUCGGCUGAGAUCGCCUGGGUGGGUGACAGCCAGGCUCACGCGGUAUACCUGGACAACCGGGAGCAUGCCCUGACCCCCAUGGGCGUGACUGGCUACACCUUCCGCCACCUGAAGCCCGGCACGAGGUACCAGGCGCAGGUGGAGGUGCGCCCCACCUGCGACUCGCUGCAGGCCUGCCGGGAGAAGACGCCCUCCGCCGUCACCUUUGAGACACCCUUGGCGGGGCCCCCCCACCCUCCCCUGGACGUGCUGGUGGAGCGCCACGCCUCCCCGGGCCUCCUUGUGGUCAGCUGGCUCCCCGUGACCAUCGACGCGGCUGGGUCCUCCAACGGAGUCCCAGUCACGGGGUACGCCCUGUAUGCUGAUGGGCUCAAGGUGGCGGACGUGGCCGAGGCCACCGCGGGGAGCACACUGCUGGAGCUCUCCCAGCUCCCGUGGCCUGCAGUGUGCCAGAAGAUCUCCGUGAGAACCACGUCUCUCUGUGGUGAGUCCUUGGACUCCGUGCCUGCCCAGAUCCCUUACGACUGCUUCGCGUCUCUCCACUGGCCAGAGAUGUCACCUUUCGGCUACACCUGUGGGGCCCCAUCUGCCAUCAGCGGGAGCUUCCCCGUCUGCCCUCAGAGGCUGGGGCCUACACCCCUGAGUGCCAAGGCCCGCCCUCACGCCCCCCGAAGCGGCAGGGAGCCCCGGGCCAGGUGUCUCGAAGCAUUCCCUGAAGAACCCCCAAGGAGGCAGUCCCCAGAGCCCAAACUGAUUUCAGAAGGUGGAGGUCCCAGUGCAGGCUCGGGCAGCCAAGCCCAGGGGCCCACGGAGGCCCGGAAGCCCUCCAGAAAGAACCGGCUCUUUGAGAAGCGUCCCUGGAACCACAGGCCGUCUCUGCCACGGGGCCGGCCUCGCAGGGAGGGGUCCCAGGACCAGCGGGUGCUCACUGGCCCAAGCCCUACCCCGGGAGUCCCGCGUCUGUCCCCUGAGCCUGCACCCGGCAAGGAGCUGCGUCAGGAGAAGGCUGCCUCUGGGAAAGUCCUCAGACAAAAGGCAGACGCUCUUGCGUCCACCCCUCCCGAGCUGGGCAGCAGCCAACAAUCCGCGUCUGACUUCAGUGGCGCUCACCAGGAGGACGCGCGGGGUGCAGAGGGGCAAGAGCGGAGACGAGCACUCCGGGGCCUGAGCAUGCAAGAUCAGGCUCCGGGGGCCCGGGCUGGGGUCCGGCUCCGGGGGCCCAGCUCAGCACCGUGUCCUGCUCGGUCCAGCAAGGCCUUCGGGACGCCCAGGGGCGCCGCCCCGCCGCUGGGGACAAGGGUGGGCCCUCUGGCUGGGCUCUUUGUGGCCCUCCCUGAUCACGAGCCGCUGGCCGUGUCUGCCACCCCCGAGGCUGCAGGGGGGGGGCUGGCCCUCCGGAAAGGGCGGCUGCAGGACCCCCACAGUUUCAGCCGCAGCGAAUGCAGCAGGCCAGAGGGCAGCAGCGCCAGUCACCUGGUGGCCGAGGUGGACGCGGGCACGGGGUGGACGGAUGGCCGUGGCAGGUGGCAUUUGCCAGGACACCUGGAUGACUCCGGGGGGCUCACCGGCCCCCAGGGCUCCUCUCCCCUGCCGCAGGGGAGCCCCAGAACGCCCUCCUCCUCACUCUGGGCUCCAAAGACCAUGAUGGCAGCUCUGGACUACGACCCCCGGGACUGGCUGGCGUGGGGCCCGGCGAAGGGCCAGCUGUCACUGAGGGCAGGGGACGUGGUCACCGUCCACGGGCCUAUGGACGACAAGGGUUUCUACUACGGGGAGUCGGGCGGCCACAGAGGCCUGGUCCCCGCCCACCUGCUGGACCACAUGUCCCUCCAGGAGUGAGCGCAGCACCCCGCAGAGGGGGCAGCCUCGGCCGCCUGCGCCCCACGCGGGCACCCACCGCCAGGCCCUCCUCGCUUCGCGCUGAGGCUCCUGCCCCACACACUGCUGCUCUGAACGCUCUGCCACCCCAGGCCUCAGGGCAGCGAAGCCGAAGUCUGGACAGAGCUGUUUCUAGAAACAGCAAGCUGCUUCCAAGAGGUUGGCGGGCUGGUGAUUGCGGCGUCUGGACCAUCGGUCUGAUCCUUUGUCAGCUCCUUCCUCAAGACCUGUUUCCUCUGAGAGUUUGGCUUCUCUCAGCCAUUGCCUUGUAUGAAAGUCUAAAGAAAAGCCUGCCUUGACCAGAGUGUUACUUUUCUAUCUUCUGUUCAAAUCCUCAUUAAAAGUUC